AUGUCAUCGGCGCAGCCUGCGCCGACAUACUAUGUUAUCUUCGCCACGGUCGCCGUGCUCGUCCUGAAAGCCGCCAAUGAGGAGGUUACGGAGCCGUACAUGGACGAGCCCUUCCACGUCCCGCAGGUGCAGGCAUACUGCGAGGGCGAUUAUUGGACCUGGGACCCAAAGAUCACCACUCCUCCUGGACUCUAUGUAGUGAGCCUCAUCCUCAAGAAGAUCUUCAUGCUGAAGUGCAACCUGUCCAUGCUGCGUCUCACGCCCUUGCUCGCUUUGCUUGCCCUGCCGAUCGCUUUAACUCCGCUGGUGGCCUAUCACAAACGCGAACGGCCUCCCCCGUCUCUGGCGAUUCCGCUCCUCGAAGCUGUGAUCCUCGCCUCUUUCCCUGUCGGCUGGUUCUUUGGCUUCCUAUACUAUACCGAGGUCCCCAGUCUCGUCGCGGUGAUCUCGACGGUAGUCUUCGCCCUGGAGGGCAAACAUUGGCUCGCAGCGUCGAUAGGCCUGGUCAGCUGCACAUUCCGCCAGAACAACAUCGUGUGGGUCCUGUAUGCGUAUGCACUCAGCCAGGUGCUGUACCUCCGGUUUCGGCGCGCGCUUCCGAAUGAGAAGCCGCCGUCGAAGCUACACGACCCAUUGGCACUCGAGGCUGCUCCAGCCGAUCUUAUCCGCUCCGUGCUGAGUGCUCCGAGGGUGCUCCCUGACAUUCUGGUCAACUUCGUGCCCUACGCCCUUGUUCUCGCCGCGUUCGGUGCGUUCGUAGUCUGGAACGGCGGCAUCGUCCUCGGCGACAAGGCCAAUCAUGUCCCUGCCUUGCACGUCCCGCAGUUAUACUACUUUGUGGGGUUCGCCACGGCGUUCGGAUGGCCUGCGCUUGUGACCGGUAGCGGUGGCAUUUCUGCCCUUGUCCGCGACGUAUAUGCACGGAUGUUCGGGAGCAGGAGAAACGCAGCCGUCACCUGCAUAGUGUCCUCUAUCAUGUGCCUCACCAUAUACAAGUUCACGAUCCAGCACCCCUUCCUGCUGUCUGACAAUCGGCAUUACACCUUCUACAUAUGGCGGCGCGUCUUUCUCUUACAUCCGGUGGUGCCGUACAUCCUCGUUCCAGGGUACAUUGCAUGUGCAUGGGCCUGGUACCUCCGUAUUGGGCCCGACCAGACACUGCUGCAGAACUUACUCCUACCGGUGUUCGUGGUGCCCACGCUGCUUCCGACGCCACUUCUGGAGCCGCGCUACUUCUUAAUCCCAUAUAUACUACUCCGAGCGCAGGUGAAAGACGUCCCGUUGGUGGGGCUCAUCCUGGAGGGUUUGUGGUACGCGGGGAUCAACGCUGCGACGAUGUACGUGUUCCUAUACAGGGAAAGGGCGGGUGUAGGGCGUUUCAUGUGGUAGACAUAGUCGGUACCAAACUGGUUUGUGUGGC